CCAAAACAUGUCAGCUUCCUGCAAGUGCCAAGCACGGACUGGUGCUGUUUAGUGGGUGCAGGAAUAAUGUUGGGGACUAGUUUACGUGAGGCAGCAGCAGCAUUACGUCUUGGACAAGUGAGCGCUACGGAACUGUGCCAGAAGUGCCUUUCAUUUAUCAAAGAAUCAUCAUUUCUUAACGCAUAUAUCACUGUAACUGAAGAGGUUGCUUUGAAGCAAGCAGCAGAAGCAGACAAAAGAUUUAGCCGAGGCCAGCCCCUGGGUUUGUUAGAUGGAAUUCCUGUUGCAGUUAAAGACAAUUUUAGCACCUGUGGUAUCGAGACAACAUGUGCAUCAAGAAUGUUAAAAGGCUAUAUUCCUCCUUACAAUGCUACAGUGGUUCAGAAACUUUUUGAUCAAGGAGCUGUGCUCAUGGGAAAAACAAAUCUUGAUGAGUUUGCUAUGGGAUCUGGUAGUACCGAUAGUAUAUUUGGUCCGGUGAAAAAUCCAUGGAGUUAUUCUAAGGCAUACAGAGAAAAACGAGCAGUAAAUCACCAUAAUGCCGAAAAGGAGUCUGAUUGGCUGAUCACUGGUGGCAGUUCUGGAGGAAGUGCUGCUGCUGUGUCUGCGGGAACCUGUUAUGUAGCUCUGGGAUCAGACACUGGUGGUUCUACCCGAAACCCAGCUAGUCACUGCGGAGUUGUAGGCUUGAAACCUACAUACGGGCUCGUUUCUCGCCAUGGUCUUAUUCCGUUGGUAAACUCUAUGGAUGUACCUGGGAUUCUCAGCAGAUGUGUGGAUGAUGCAGCAGCUGUACUUGGUGUGCUUGCUGGGCAUGACCCACAGGAUUCCACAACCAUCCAAGAUCCUUUUGAGCCUUUCAAAUUGCCUGAGAAAAUCAGCAUGAACAAACUUUGCAUAGGAAUUCCAAAGGAAUACCAUGCACCUGGGCUGUCUACAGAAAUUGUGACACUUUGGUCGAAGGCUGCUGACAUGUUUGAAAAUGCGGGAGCUAAAGUUGUAGAGGUUUCCCUGCCGCAUACACCUUACUCAAUUGUAUGCUACCAUGUUUUAUGCACAUCUGAAGUAGCAUCAAACAUGGCUCGGUUUGAUGGCCUGGAAUAUGGGCAUCGUUCAGAUGUUGAUGACUCUACAGAAGCUAUGUAUGCAGCGACUAGGCGGGAAGGCUUCAAUGAAGUUGUUAGAGGAAGAAUAUUGUCUGGGAACUACUUUCUUCUCAAACAGAAUUAUGAAGAGUAUUUCCUCAAGGCUCAGAAGGUGCGACGCCUAAUUGCAGAUGAUUUUGUGAAGGUUUUCCGUGCCGGAGUCCAUGUAUUGCUAACUCCAACAACAUUAACAGAUGCAGCUCCUUACUUGGAGUUUAUCCAGGAAGAUAACCGAACGCGUAGUGCUCAAGAGGACGUGUUUACACAAUGUGCCAACAUGGCCGGUCUUCCAGCAGUGACCGUUCCAGCAAGUCUUUCUAGUAGAGGAUUACCACUUGGUCUUCAGUUCAUUGGACGUGCACUCUGUGAGCAGCAGCUACUCACAGUAGCCAAGUGGUUUGAGAAACAAAUAGGCUUCUCUACCUUACAGUUUCACAGAGAAAUAGAAAAUGACUGCAUAGCACAACAGCAUAAUAAAUCAGCAUCUUCCUUAUAGGAAAAUAAAUGUAACUGUUUAAUCUUUGUACAAAAAUGUUGUAUUUUUAUUUUUUGCGGGGUUUUUUUGUCACUAUUUUAUUUUGGAAGUAGAAAUGAUCAUGAAACGGAAAUCCCUCCAGUAUGUU